AUGGGCAGUGAAACGCUGCCAUAUUUCGUCUCUGCGGAGAAAGGUUCAGAUCAAUGUGAUCCCCUUUUAGACGACGGGGAUAAGAAGAUAUUAGGACAGAAUGAAAAGCAGGUUGGGACGCAGGCCCGAAGGCGCUUAUCCCUCCUAAGUGGUGGCUUGCUUGUCAUGGCCAUUCUCUCGUUCAUCAUAGGAGGUACCAACAUUGCUAUGCUCUCGUUCGUCGAAAAAGUCACAAUAAAGACGGGUGACGAAAUUGCAGCCAUCCGGAUGGCAUUGGCAACAAAUGAUUUACGUCGACUCUCAGGUCAAUCGACUGGGGAUGAAUUUGGCCAUUGUGGCAGAUCCAUUGCAGAGGCCCGGGAACUAGGCUGCAUCUUCGAUCCAAUGUCCUGGGCGUGGCAGCGGCCAGAAUGUUACCACGCGGACUUGGUCAACGACUUCCUGCAGAGAAUGGAUUGGCAUUUCUACCUAAGCAAUGAAACCCUCCCAACGGAAGAGGUGCCACGCGAAGAAUGGGAGCGUGGAGAUCAUUCUCUUCUCUGGGGCCCACGGAUGUGGCAUCAAUUCCACUGUACUUAUUCCUGGAGGAAGUUUCACGACGCCUUCCGUCACCGAAUGCCCAUGGACAAUGAUAUCCUCGAGCAGAAGCACACGCUUCACUGCGAUACUGUUUUUCUUCAUGAUUAUGACCCCCGGAUUUCGGUGCCGUGCGAUCACUGGGAGGGUGGAUGCCGUACGACAGAACUUCAUGCCGGAUUCAAUCGUUGUGGUUGGUAUUGA